AUGGGAGAUUAUUAUUACCACGCCGGAGGCAGGCUCUCCCCUGGUGGAUCUGUUCCAGACCUUACACCAACCGCGCCGACCAUCCCUCUUCCAACGGUUACCCACACUCCUCCAGAAUUUGAACAUAUCACCGACUUCGGUCACAGAACACUAUGGGUUCUCUUUGUUCUCAUGUUGAUUUCCACGAUCACAUUUAUCGGGUUAUCCUGGAGAGUUGCGAUUCCUAAACGUCUCUUCUUCCAGACCACUACUUAUGUCACUCUCAUUUCGACAUUCACUUACUACGCCUUAGCUACCGGUGGUGGCUGGAGUUAUCACCAUGUCUGGGUUACCAACGAGCAUAAGCAUGAUAUCCCGGAUACUCAUAAAGUAGUCUUGAGACAGAUCUUCUGGGCUAAAUUUAUUGAUUGGUUGUUGACUACCCCCUUGAUUCUUUUCAAUCUUGGUGCUUUGGCUGGGUUGAGUGGAAGUAACAUCUUGAACACUAUUGUCGCUGCUACUGCCAUGAAUUUCACGGGCCUGUUCGCUGUUUAUUCUCACGGUAGAAAAACUACAUGGGGUUGGUAUGCAAUGGCAUGGAUUGCAUUCCUCACUGUCGGUUGGCAUCUUGUCGUCAAUGCUAGAGCUACAGCUCAACGCCGCGGUGGUCAGCUCCUCUACAACCCAAUUGCUCUUUACACCGUCGUCGUCUGGACUGGAUACCUUGUUAUCUUGGGUGUUUCAGACAUUUCGAGAGGAAUCAGCCCCAAUGAGACUGUUAUUGCCUACGCAGUUCUAGAUAUCCUUGCCAAGCCUGCUUUAGGGUUCUGGUUGGUUCUCGGGCAUGACAAAUCGAGCAGUACUCAAGUUAAUGUGGAUGGUGUCUGGACAGAAGGAUUUGGACAUCGUGAGGGAUUGUUGAGAGUAGGAGAGCGAGAUGCAGAUGCCUAA